ACGAACUAGAAAGAUCGGUAUUGCAAGGCGAAAUAUUCAAUGUUAAUACUAUCACUGGAGUUAUUAAUUUACAAACGUGCUGAUAGAUGGGAGCUGGAAGCUCAAGAAAAAAUCUUCGGGUUGUAGCCACUGAUUCCGUCAGAGUUAGCACUGUUCAAACCAAUAACAAUAUCGAAAUAAAAGGCACGAACGCGGAAAACCACGGCGAAGUUUUGGAGCCAACAGAAUCUCAAAACGAAGACAUGGAAGAUAGACGUACAUCGGGUAAAUACAACGUCAAAACCGUGGCAGUAAGCGAAGGCUUAGCAAAGCUAAAAGAACAAAUCGCUACAACGAUCGAUGAUGAACACAAUCGAGGAGAAGACGUCGGCGAGGACGAGUCAAGCAUGAUACUAACUUCAUUCAUUGAAAAAAAUCCGAAACUUGAAGAAGCGUUGAAGAAGACAAGAGAUCACUACAAGGGAUUGAAAGAAGCGUUCGCUAAUGGAAUUCUAGCGACAGAAGAGGUAGAAGAACACAUAAAAGGCCUUUUCAGUGGUUAUACUAACCAGCACAAGCCGGCGAAAGCUGUGUUAACAGAUUUCACUGUGCGCCUAGGUCUUCCAAAGCUUGCAUACGACAUCAUCACUGAUCGAAGGAAUAAUUGUCCAGAACUAUCAACAUGGGAUAGAGAAACAAGUACAGAAAAACAACCUGAGGAGAAAGAAGCGUCAGCGAAUGCAGAGAAAACGGAAUCUGAGAAAAAUGACAAGAAGACAUCGAACCCGUUAGAAUUAUUGCAAGAUAAUAUCUGCCUGUUUUUGGGAGCCCUUCUGAAUUAUUCUGACUUACAUGACGAGUUUUGCUUGGAGUGUAAUGAAGUCGGUAUGGUUCAGCUUUUUGUGGAGAUGUCCAAAGAACUCCAAGAUUCGAUUCCACACAAUGUGAAAUAUGUAGAACCUAAAACACAACGUCUAAAGAAGUUCACAGUGCGGGGAAAAAUGUUGUCCAGGAGCUUGGGGACUCUUCACAAUUUCUCGAAACGUGUACCAACAAGGGCAAACUUUACUUCUGCCCAGGCGGUGAACUCGUUGCUUCUGCCACUUCUUAAAGCUGAAAUCACGUUUUACAGUGCUAAGAGCCUACUUAUAUUGGCGUACCUGAUUGAUGAACAAAAUAACCAUUUGAUCAUGGCGGAUGAAGAACCAAUCAAUUUUCUCAUACGAUUGCUGAGAAAGGCCAUAGAAACAGAUUACCAUAGAUAUCUAGGAUUUUCUGCCCGAGAACUUGCUGAAGGACUGACGCAAAUUGCAAUCAACGAUAACAACAAGAAAACGAUUGUUAGAUCUGGAGCCAUUCCAAUUCUAGUCAAGAUGCUUGAAAACGCCAAAGAUGACGAGGAGAGAGUGAAUGCCUGUAACACUUUGUGGACGUUGGCGUUCGACGAGGAAAACAAGAAAGAAAUCAAAAAGGACGCGCAUGCCUCAGCAGAAUUACAGAAACUUCUGACAUCGACUAACAAUGAAGUGAAAAAAGCUGCUGCUGGCGCAUUGUGGGAAAUCGAAGGAAAAGAAAAACAUGCAGAGGAUAAACAACAGUCAGUUAAAGAGUCAGACGCCAAGCACGUAAUGAUCAGUUACCAAUGGGAUGUACAAAAGCUCGUGAUUCAGAUCAAAAACAAACUUCAGGCGGACGGCUUCAAGGUUUGGAUGGACAUCGAUGAAAUGGGUGGCUCCACUCUGGAAAGUAUGGCCAAGGCUGUGGAAAAUGCAAGUGUGAUAUUAGUCUGUGUGUCUCAGAAAUACAAGGAGAGUCCUAACUGUCGAUCAGAGGCAGAGUACACAUAUCAGCUUCACAAAGACAUCAUCCCUUUGAUGAUGGAUGGUAAAUACAGACCUGAUGGUUGGCUCGGCUUCAUUGUGGGAUCCAAAUUCUGGAUUGACUUCAGCGAAAAACAUAAACUGGACUCUAAUGUGAGCAAACUUGUGAAAGAAUUGGGGACCAGGGGAAAAAUUGAACUUCAAGAAAAUACUGUGAAAGCCACAGUUCUGGAUGUUGUUGACGCCUCACCACAGUCUACUAUCAGAUCGUGGACGUGUAGUGAUGUGAAAACCUGGCUCAAGAAUGUUGGACUGAGAGACAGGUUGGAUUCCAACACUUUAAAAAGGCUAAAUGGUCAAAUUUUGUUGCGUCUGCAAGAUCUUAGAAGAGAGUGUCCAGAAUUCUUCUAUUCAUCAGUGAGGACAGAUUUUAAACUGGACACUGUGUUUGAUGUUCUGGAAUUUGUAGACGCGUUGGAUAAAUUAGUGGAGUAGUUUCAGCUUGGACAGCAAACGAUACAUAUUGUGAUGUUACGAGCAGUAACCAAGGAUAAGAGCACGUUAGACUAGGAUUAGGCUCUCAAGCGUUCAGCACGUGCGUCUAGCAUGUGCACUGCUGGACGCAGGUUUUCACGCCUGUGACAGAAGAAAAGGAACAUUUUAAAUUCAUGAUCAAUUUUUUCCAUCAAUUUUGUUCAGUAGCAAUGUAGAGUUUUUACCGAUGAUAGAUUUGUUUUUUUUGGUAAUAAAAGUUUUGUUUUUCUACUCUCGUCGACUGGUAAACAAAAAGUAGAAAAGCAUAAAUAUACUCCUUUGAAUCUAUGUCAUGUAGCACACACCGGCAGUAACAGAGCAACAACAAUGACUGAAAAUUAUAUGAACCGCAAGGGUUAGAGGUUCCUAUGCCCUUCGUAAAUGACACCAGUUUCAAAAUUUUAACAAAUUCCACUCUUCAUAAAUAUAUAUCUUCACAUAUAUUAUAUAUUUUACAUUUUUAUGUUUCUGAGUGGAUUAAGACUCUAAAGUGAACUUUCCUGUUGAACGUUGGAUGGUGAAAAGGUCGCAUUAUCAAACGUUAUCAAGGAGACAAUUGACCCGGUCCCGGUUGAUGGAGAUACCUCAUUUCUAGAUCUUUCAAAGGGAAUUACACAGAAAUUGAGUAUCUGGAAUAACGUGCGCUUAAAUUGUGGGAUUCUGAACGGAUAAAUUAUCACGUUCACAAACGAAUUGCUAAACUGUAAAAAUUUGAUAAUAAAUGUUGUUAAUUCAAUAA